AUGGCAGUUGGGGCUCCCGCUCACGGCAUUCACGAUGUGGCUCUGCAACGUCGGCAAAAGCUUAUGGGGGCCAGUGGCCCAGCGGCUUUAGUUAAAAACUUUCGAGUCUUCAGCAUUGCCUUGUUCGCUUGCAUUGGAGGAUUGUUAUAUGGUUACAAUCAAGGCGUUUUUUCUGGUGUGCUCACUAUGAACUCAUUUAUGUCUCACAUGGGAAAUUAUGAUAGCACAGAUCCAGCAGAUCAAAGCAGAAAAGGAUGGUUAACUAGUAUAUUGGAAUUGGGCGCGUGGCUUGGAGCACUCCUAAGCGGAUUUAUGGCAGAGGCAUUGAGCAGAAAGUACGGGAUUCUAAUUGCUACCGCUGUAUUUAUCAUCGGCGUCAUAGUCCAAGCGACUGCUAUCUCCGUUGGCCACUCCGCCAUCUUGGGCGGUCGUUUCAUAACUGGAAUGGGCGUGGGAAGUCUCAGUAUGAUUGUCCCCAUGUACAAUGCCGAAGUCGCUCCGCCUGAAGUACGUGGAUCUCUCAUUGCCCUCCAACAGCUUGCCAUCUGUGCUGGUAUCAUGAUAUCCUUCUGGAUUGACUACGGCACAAACUAUAUAGGAGGAACUGGUGCGACGCAAUCCGAUGCAGCAUGGCUUGUACCGAUUUGUCUACAGCUCUUCCCGGCUGUAAUUCUUUUUGUCGGCAUCUUGUUCAUGCCUUUCUCGCCUAGAUGGCUAGUACAUCACGGAAGAGAAGCGGAGGCUAGGAAAGUGCUAGCACAACUGAGAAACUUACCCCAAGACCAUGAGUUGGUAGAAAUAGAGUUUUUGGAAAUCAAGGUCCAGAGUUUGUUUGAAAAGAGAUCGAUCGCAGAAUUAUGGCCUGGUCUCCAAGAAUUAACUUGGAUGAAUACCGCGAAAUUACAGUUUGUGGCGAUUGGGAGUUUGUUCAAAACAAAACCUAUGUUUAAGAGAGUGAUAGUAGCGACCGUUACUAUGUUCUUUCAACAGUGGACAGGUAUUAACGCAAUUCUCUACUACGCCCCUACCAUUUUCGCAUCCCUGGGUCUCUCCAGUAACACUGUCUCCCUUCUCGCCACCGGCGUUGUCGGCAUUGUAAUGUUCAUCGCAACCAUUCCAUCUGUCCUCUACAUCGACAAGUUAGGUCGCAAGCCCAUUCUUACAAUCGGUGCAAUCGGCAUGGCCACAUGCCACAUAAUCAUCGCUGUCAUCGUAGCCAAAAACAGAGAUUCAUGGGAAGAACAUAAAGCCGCGGGCUGGGCUGCUGUGGCUAUGGUUUGGCUCUUCGUAAUCCACUUUGGCUAUUCCUGGGGUCCCUGCGCCUGGAUUCUCGUAGCAGAAAUCUGGCCCCUCUCCAAUCGUCCCUACGGCAUCGCACUGGGCGCCUCCUCAAAUUGGAUGAAUAAUUUCAUCGUCGGCCAAGUAACGCCUGAUAUGUUGAGUGGUAUUUCCUAUGGUACCUAUAUAAUAUUUGGGUUGUUAACCUAUCUCGGAGCGGCAUUCAUAUGGUGGGGUGUACCGGAGACGAAGAGAUUAGGCUUGGAGGAGAUGGAUCUAGUGUUCGGCAGCGAAGGUGUAGGCCGGGGUGAUCUCGAAAGAAUGGAAGCUGUGCGUCGAGAGGUAGGGUUAGACAGGAUUCUUGGGGAGAGUAACACCAAAGGUGAUGUAUCGCCAAUAAAGGACAUUAAGAGUGAUCAGGCUGAGAAGAUUCAUGAGAUGUAG